AUGUUGUCUGCACAAGGAAUUAUUGUUUUUUACUUUUUCCACGGUGUAAUAACAGCCUCAGCGCUGAUUGACUCUGAUGAUGUCAUCACACGGGAUGAGCAGAUCUACCUUCUGAUUGGUGCUCAUGCCAGAUGUGAAAGGAGCAUCAAGGCACAAAUGCCCCUCAUUAAAGAUGGCGACUGCACCCCAGAGUGGGAUGGGAUCAUCUGCUGGCCACAGAGCACAGCAGGUCAGCUGGUCUCAGUUCAGUGCCCGGAGUACAUCUAUGACUUCAACCACAGAGGGCGAGCCUACCGUCAGUGUGAUGUGUCAGGCAACUGGGAGCAGGUGGCAAGCAUCAACCGCACUUGGGCAAACUACAGCGAAUGCACCAGAUACCUGACCUUCAAUCACAGAAGCCACGAGGAGAAGGUGUUUGAGCGACUCCAUCUCAUGUACACCAUCGGCUACUCCAUUUCUCUCGCAUCCCUGCUGGUGGCAGUCUUCAUUCUCUGCUACUUCAAGCGUCUCCACUGCACACGCAAUUACAUCCACGUUCACCUCUUCACCUCCUUCAUCUGUCGAGCGGUCAGCAUCUUUGUGAAGGACGCUGUGCUUUACUCCAUAUCUGAUGGCAGUGAAGCUGAGCCCAACUUUACAGGACAGAAGCCCCAUAUGGCUGGCUGUAAAGCAGCUGUUACUCUCUUCCUGUACUUCCUGGCAACAAAUCAUUACUGGAUCCUGGUGGAGGGGUUGUACCUCCAUAGUCUCAUCUUCAUGGCCUUCCUGUCUGACAAGAACUACCUGUGGGCCCUCACCAUCACUGGCUGGGGUGUUCCAGCUGUGUUUGUGUCCAUUUGGGUCAGCGCACGAGCUUCACUGGCAGACACUCAAUGCUGGGAUCUCAGUGCCGGAAACUUGAAAUGGAUCUAUCAAGUCCCUAUUCUGGCUGCGAUUGUUGUGAAUUUUCUCUUGUUCAUUAACAUCAUUCGUGUACUGGCCUCUAAACUGUGGGAAACCAACACGGGCAAACUGGACCCCCGACAGCAGUACAGGAAGCUACUCAAGUCCACAUUAGUCCUCAUGCCUUUGUUUGGAGUUCACUACAUGGUGUUCAUGGCUCUUCCCUACACUGAGGUCACUGGGCUGCUGUGGCAGGGGCAGAUGCAUUACGAGAUGUUCUUCAACUCUUCCCAGGGGUUUUUUGUGGCGUUUAUCUACUGUUUCUGCAAUGGUGAGGUGCAAACCGAGGUAAAGAAGGCUUGGUUAAGACGUAGCCUGGUGCUAGACCUCAAGCAGAAAACGAGGAUCACCAGCAGCGGCGGAGGCAGCUGUUACUACGGCGGCAUGAUGUCACAUACCACCACCCACAGCGUGUGCCUGUCUGCUGCCAAUCCCAGAGCUCUGUCCUUUGCUGGAGGGGUGGUUGGCUCAGGUGGAGCCUCUGGUUCUGGGGUCAGACCCCCACUGCCACGUCAAGUUUCCACAACUCCCCCCCACCAUCAUACCAACCUACGUAUUUACACUUCGACUGACAGCGAGGCCUCAGGCCCCCAGCAGGAGCUGGGUGUGUGGAAACCAGAAGGUGCUGAGUCAGGAGGUUUUACCAGAGAAGCCAAAGCCAACAAAGGAGAUGAUGACCGCAAAAGCCACAGAGAAGAAGAUCUAAUCAGCUCCUUAUCUCCCAAAGAGCUGGAGACCAUCUUGUGAUUGCUGCUACUUUGAAAUAUCACGGCAAGCUACAUGUUUUCUCAAUUAGGAGCACUGCUUUAUGUUUUGUUAUGUGUGUUUAGA